AUGUUCAAAUGUUGUAGUUUGCUAUCAUUCUUUCUAUCACAAUGGAGCUAUUUCCCUUGUGUUAGAUUACAUGGAUCGUGGAUCCCUAGCAGAUGUGAUCAAACAAGUUAAAACGGUUCUUGAACCAUAUCUUGUUGUUGUCUGCAAGCAGGUUUUACUGGGUCUUGUGUACCUGCACCAUGAAAGACAUGUAAUACAUAGGGACAUCAAACCAUCCAAUUUGCAAGUAAACCACAAAGGGGAGGUGAAGAUUACUGAUUUUGGUGUGAGUGCAGUGCUAGCUAGCUCUAUGGGUCAAAGGGAUACAUUUGUGGAACCUAUAACUACAUGUCGCUAGAGAGAAUCAGUGGGAGCACUUAUGAUUAUAGCAGUGAUAUUUGGAG